AGUAGUAUAAUAAUACGCGUAUGUCAGGUACUUGUCAUCGGUCAGAGGAAAGAAGGUAGAGUUAACCUCGAAGUCAAUUUUUGAAAUUUAAAAGUAAAUUGUAAAUUCAAUACCUUGCUGGUAAAAAUUACUGAAGUAAGUGUGAACAAUAAAUUGUCAUUAUGAAUAUAAUAAUGAAAACAGUUUCUAGGAAUUAUAAUGUUGGUUUAUCACCUAUUAGAAAUAUUCACAUAACCAAAGUACAAUACCUGUAUUCACAGUCAGCUCUUGGUGUUGAUUCAUAUUUAAACACAAGGAAGAAAAUAAAAGAACAAUUUGCGCAAUUUUCUGAGAAUUUUAAGACAAAAAUGAACGAUUUCGUUCAAAAUCCUAAUCACAUGAUUUUUACUGAGGACUUAAAAAAUAUGGUUCAUAUGGCUGAGCCUUCAGAUUUAAAUGUGAUGCUGGAAAUGAUUAAAAAAUUUAAUACACAGAAAACAGAAUUCAGAUUCGGAUCCUUUGUAUUUGGGCCAGUAGUUAUGAGAAUGUUCUACUUCCUUGAUGCACCUUUAGAAGCAAUUAAAAGUUUUGAAGAUCCUGCAAAUGAUGGUUUCUAUGAUCAAUUAAUCACUUAUCAAAUUUUACUUGAUUUAUUGUACAACCAUGCAAUGUAUGAAGAAAUGUACAAAAUAUUUGCUAAAAUACAAGAGCGUCAAGUGAAUAUGACAAAGUACCCCAAAUAUCCAGUUGUAUUAGUGCUUGCUGCAUGUUACAAACAGAACUCAGUGCAGAGUUAUGAAUAUGCUAAGAAAUUAUGGAAUGAAAUGAUGCAAGUGGGAUCCAUACCACUUAGGAGAGCUUGCACAUUAAUGGCGGCAUUAGCAUUGAAGAAUAAUGAGCCUCAUGUAGCACUGGAGUGCGUCGCACUGCAAACACCACACUAUCUCACCAUUAGGAAUAUUAAGGUUAUGGCAUUAUCUAAAAUUGAAAGGAUAGAUGAUGCAUUGCCUAUCCUGAGAGGAGUUCUGGAUGUGGAUAGUCCUAAGAUGGAAAAACAUACAUUUUUCGAAGAAACUAUAUCAAUAGUUAAAGAAGCUGUGAAUAAAAGCAACAACAAAGACUAUGCCAAAGAGUUCACAGAUGUAGAGAAAGCUCUUAGAGAUCGUGGUCUCGUUGACAGCCAGACAUUGGACAAGCUUGUGACAAGUGAGAUAAUUUUAUCACCCAAGGUCAAGAACCCAGUCCGUGGUAUGCCUAGAAUGCCCUUCGGACAACGUCAGAAGACCAGAAAUAUGAGCUAGUGAUAGCAUCUUUGAAGAUACGUCCGUAAAAAUAUUUCAUUUGUGGAAUAAAAACUUUAAUGUAUAUCACUACCUAGUAUACAGCAAACUCAAAAAUCAAAUUAAAAAAGUAUGUGUGUCUGGUUGUUGUAUGUAUGUUUUGAUGGGUUUUUUUCUAAUAGAUUCAAGAGGAAGGUUUACAAUACAUUUUUAUAUGAAUCUAUUAAACUACUCUGAAUUUAAUGCGUGCGAAGCUACGGGCAAAAGCUAGUAUACUAGUGAAAACCAAAAGGAAGUUGUAUUCUCACUAUAAAUAAAUUCGCUAUUACUCCUUUUUUUGUAUGUAGCUUAUACAUUAAAAUUUUUAUUCCAUAUAAUUGUGGUAAUUGCAAAUGUUAUCCAAGUGUAGUGUUAACCAUUUUGUAGAUUCUUUGAAAAUUUGUUGGUGUAAAUAAUAUAAGCGUGUUUGUUCUGCGUGUUUUAUGAAUGAAUGAAUG